AAAUAUUCAGUAUAAUAAAAAGGAAAAAUAAAUUUAUAAUAAAAAAAAAAAGAAAAAUAAUCGUCGUCUAGUUAGAAAAAAAAAUUAAAUUAUUAAAAAUAGAGAUAUUAACAUUUAAAUAUUUAAAGAUAACAUUACACAUACAUACACACACACACAUAUAUAUAUAAAUAUAUAUGCCAACUGAGUGCCUUAUAUCCUUUGAAAGAAAUCCUCAGGGUGUUUAUUAUGCGGGAGAGGAAUUAUCCGGUUCUGUGGAUCUAUCAAUUGAUAGAAACAAAAGAAUUAAAGCUAUACAUAUAACGGUUAAUGGUUUUGCUAAAACAAGAUGGUUAAGAAAAGGAUAUCCACAUAAUAGUGAAAGAGGAGUGUUUCGAGGAUAUCGAUCAUAUUUAUCAUCACGGUCCUAUGUACUUGGUAAUUCAUCAGAAAAUUCUUCAACAAUAGAAUUAUUAGCUGGAGAAUAUUCAUAUUCGUUUCAUGUUGCAUUACCUAGUAAUAUACCAACAUCGUUUGAUGGGAAAUAUGGUUAUAUUUUGUAUGAAAUCGUUGCUGCCAUUGACCGUCCUGGACGUUGCACAAAAAAUUUUCGUUUACCAUUUACUGUUAUACAUCCAACAGAUUUAAAUAUUGACCCAAUCUAUAGAGUACCACUAGAUGUAUUCGAUCAACAACAAUUUUGGAGUUUUUGUUGUCCAACUGGACCAUUAUGUGUUAAAUUUAAUACAAUUUAUAAUGGAUAUGUACCUGGACAAAAAAUAUUAUUUGUUCUAUUUAUUGAAAACGAAUCAUCAAUUGAUUUUUUAGAUACAAUUGUUGAAUUAAAUCAAGAAGUUAUAUAUGAAAGUCGUGAACCGUUACACGAUUAUCGUAUUGAUAAAAGUCAAAUAAUAUCAAGAAAUUUUGGCACAAUAUUACGAUGGAGUCGUAAAGUAUUUCAAGGGAAUUUACAUUUACCAUCAAUACCUCCAACUAGUCUGAUACCAGAUUGUCCAAUUAGUAUACAAUAUUCAAUUAAAAUAAUUAUAAAACCACGUCAUUUUCAUCAAAAUUUUAAAAUGAAAGUUCCAAUAACAGUUGGAACAGUACCAAUUUUAGAUAGUUCACCAAAUCUUAGACGUAAUAAUACAUCUCAUAUACUUUCUGAACAGGAUACAAUAAAUAAUCUUCAAUCAAAUAUAUCAGAAUCGCCAAAUAAUAAUGCAUUAAUAUCAUCUUCAGAAAAUGAAAGUCCACCCGAAUAUGUACCAAUGAUACCGCCAUCUUAUCAGGAAGCAAUAGCCUUAAGUCAAAAAUUUAUUGAUGAUGCUGAAGAUCCAUUGGAAAUAAAUCAAAAAAAUAAUCCAGAUUUUGUACCAAUGUAUCCAGUUUAUCAAUCUAAUGAAGAAGAGGAUUCAUCUGAAGAAUGGGGGUUUUUAAAAGAAGAAACAAAAAAUUUUCGAUUUUAUUUUAUUGAAAUAUUUAAGAAAUUAAAAAUAUAUAUUAAAAAAAUGCCAAGUAGCUGUCAAAUUAGAUUUGAUCAUCCAAAUGAUGUUUAUUAUAGUGGAGAACAUUUAAAUGGAUUUAUUACUUUAACAACAGAAUCUAACAAGACUGUAAGAGGUGUUCAUAUAACAAUUAACGGAUAUGCAAAAGUAAAAUGGGAGGAACGUAGAACUCGUACAGUUAAUGGAAAAUCACAAAGUUAUACUGUUUAUUAUACAGCUUUUGAUCAAUAUUUAUAUUCACGUACCUAUGUCGCUGGUAGAGAAGGUGGAAAUUCUUUUGAAUUAGCCCCAGGAACUUAUAAUCAUACAUUCUUUUGUGCAUUACCACCAUCUUUACCAACUUCUGUUUCUGGGAAAUAUGGUGAAAUAAAAUAUGAAGUUGUUGUUACAAUUGAUCGUCCGUUUCGAUUUGAUAAUGUUUUUAAACGUGGUUUUACAGUUAUACAAAAUUUAAAUUUAAAUAUGGAUCCAACAUAUAAGCAACCAAAACUUGUUACUGACACGAAAGAUUAUUGCUGUACAUUUUGCUGUUUCGGUGGUCCAGGAACUGUUAAUACAACUUUUACAAUUCCAUUUGGUGGUUAUUGUCCAGGACAGAAAAUAAAGUUUUCGUUGUUAGUAAAAAACGAAUCUUCCAAUGAUUUACAAGAUUGUAAAGUAAAAUUGGAAAAACGUAUUACAUUUACAGCAACAAGUCCAUCUCAUAAAACAAGAGACACUAAAUUUAAAUUAGAUUCAAAACAGUACCCUCAAGUUAUGCGUAAUUCAACAAAACAAUAUGAAGGUGAAUUAUUAAUACCUUCAGUACCACCAUCUAGUACAUUAACUGCUUCAUGUGUUCGUAUUGAUUAUAUGGUGUCUGCAAAAAUAGAAACUGGUUGCUGCCAUAGUAAUAUUCAUUUAAAUAUACCAAUUGUAAUUGGUACUAUUCCAUUAAUUGAAAGUGCUACAAAUCCAAAUAGUGUUAUUGUUGAACAACCAACAGCUCCUCCGCCAAUUGAUGGUUCUGGAGAUGCUCCCCCACCAGGUUAUAAAAUUGUUGCACCACCAUCAUAUGAAGAUGCUAUGACUGCAAAUGAAAAUUUCGUUGACGAUGAUAAAGAUGCACGUCACCAAGAAGACCCAUAUUGUCCAAAAUAUCCUAUGUAUCAUAAUUUUGCACAACCACCUGGUUCAACAUCUUUUGCAAAUGGUCAUUCUAGUAGAACUGAUCCGGAAGAUAUUAAUCGUAGCCUACAAGCAAAAACUUAUGGAUGGAGUUUAAAUUCUUCAGAUAAUUAAGAUCUAACACCUAAACCAUAUAUUAUAAUAUAUUUUUGUAUCUCUUAUACUAAAGCUAAAAUGCCUUACGCAUUGUUAAAAAUAUUUUAAAAUAUUUAUUUAAAAUAGAAUUUGAUGUUUUAAUACUUCUAAACCAAUAUGAAAUUGAAUGAAAUUAAAAUAACAGUUUAAUAGUUCAGUAAUAUUUAAGUUUACUGAA